UUGACAAUUCGCAUGAUGAAACUUUACUUGAAGACGAAAGGAAAGAUUAUCUCCGUCAUUUCUUGAUUCGUUCGAUUCAGUAAAAUAUGUCGUCUGCUGGAAGUAGAAUGUUGUCUAAAGCUGUACUGCUUGUAGUAGCAGUAGGUCUUGCUUUGCUUCUUGUUGUUGUAACAGCAACUGAGGAACAAGAACAAGGUGUCGAGAAAAGAGCAACAGUUCCAAUACAAACUCCAACAACACUGGCUGACAUGGCUAAAGUCCUGGUAGACAUUCAAAAAAGAAUAAACGCAGUUGAAUCAAGCCGAACAAUAUUACUGCGAGGCAGGGAUGGUCGUGAUGGGUUACCUGGGAAACCAGGAAGAGAUGGUCGUAACUAUGGUUUACCAGGAAGACCAGGUGCACCAGGUUUGAAAGGAGAGACAGGACAUCAAGGUGUGAGAGGUCCACCAGGACCCAAGAGUGAUGGAGUACAGUACGUACGAUGGGGAAGAACCACCUGUCCUUCCGGUGCCUCUCUUGUUUACAAAGGUCGUAUCGGAGGCGAGAACUAUCUUCAUUCAGGCGGAGGUGCUAAUUACGUGUGCCUUCCUGAGACCCCCAAAUAUGGAAGAUACAAAGAUGGUCACCAGGACGCUGGAUACAUGUAUGGUACAGAAUACGAAGUGAACAUUUUCAAUCCACUCACCAAUGACCGCCUUCACAAUCACGAGGCUCCAUGUGCUGUGUGUUACGUUCAAGCACGAAGUGCCAAGAUGAUGAUCCCUGCGACUUACGAGUGUCCCGCGGGAUGGACAAGAGAGUACCAUGGAUACCUGAUGACUGAACGGCACAACCAUAAAGCAAAAUCACAAUUUAUAUGUGUUGAUCAAGAUGCAGAGGGUGUACCAGGAACCCAUGCCAACCUCGAUGGUGCCUUGUUGUAUCCCGUGGAAGGAAGGUGUGGUUCUCUUCCUUGUCUUCCAUAUGUUGACGGACGAGAACUGACAUGCGCAGUGUGUACCAAGUAAAAAGAAACACGUCACAUGGAAACCCUUCAUAGAUUUAAUUACGUAAAAGUGAGGCUAAUAUAAUCCAAUAAGUUCAUUAAUUUGAAACAGCAUACAAUAAAGAGUUGUUGUUCGUAGUA